UAUAAGUAUAUUAAUAAUAAUACUCUUUGAGAGAUAUUUUGUUUGGAAUUCCAAAUUAACUAUAUUUCUGGCGUUUGUGAUAUAAUCACCACUUUAUUAGCUUUGAUAUUAUAAUAUAUUGUAGAUUAACAGUUCUUGUAAAGCAAGUACUUAAGUCUAGUAAUAUUUAUAAGAAAUAGAAAAAUACACUUCAAAAAUGUACAAGGGCUUUGAGGAUUUAGUUUUCACGUAUGAUGAAAUGUUCAUCUUGUGUGAACUAGAAUGCAGAUCCCGGCUGGGUUCUGGUGUUAGCGGGACCGUGUAUAAAGUUGCUUUUGACGGUGAGUACGCCUGCUUGAAACUGGGCAGGUGCCUAGAGGAUGCACGAGCCUAUGAAGAGGAGGCGAAGAUUCUGAGUGUUUUGAAAGGAGCUGGCGGAGCUCCUCUAUUAGAAUGCUUCUGCAGCAACUUCCCCGCAAUGGUAAUUUCCUUCAGGGGAGGCACUACCCUACACGACUUUCUAAAACACAGUCAAAAUCUUUCCCUACAUGUGUUAAUUUUGAUAUUUAUCCAAGUGGCCAAAGAUCUCCAGGAGAUCCAUGCACAUGGAUACAUCCAUAAUGAUUUAAAGGGUGAUAACAUACUCAUCAAUGAGCCUGAAGAGGGCCUCCUCCAGGUAAAUAUCAUAGAUUUGGGUCACGCCAAAAGGAAAGGAUGUCGCAUGGGAUGGGUUCACACUGAGGACGACCAUGCCAGGUUUCCACACUAUGCUCCAGAAGUUUUUUUUGGUGACCCUUGCACACCACAAGGUGAUGUUUAUUCCUUGGGCCAUCUCAUGGCUAAACAAAUUGGACAUUACCUGUGCAAGAAGAAAAUAGACUGGCCUCCAGUCUUACUAAACCUGAUAGAUAAAAUGAUGCACUCUCAGUGGUUCAGAAGGCCAACUAUACAGGAGGUUAUUGAAUGGUUAGAAUUUGUUAUAAAUCCUUUCAAAUCAAUGAAAAGCCAACCAGUUGCUGACAGCCUCAACCAGACUUCAGGAAGGACCUGUGACAAUGUUUCUGUGUAUGACUCUCCAGAAACAGACGCCAAGACCCCACCUUCCACUCCCUCUCUUCCUUCCCCUCCAUAUCUUCCUUCCCCUCCCUCAAUUCCUUCCCCUCCCUCUCUUCUUUCCCCUCCCUCUCUUCCUUCCCCUCCCUCUCUUCCUUCCCCUCCCUCUAUUCCUUCCCCCCAUCUCUUCCUUCCUCUAUCUCUAUUCCUUCCCCUCCCUCUCUUACUUUCCCUCCCUCUCUUUCUUCCCCUCCCUCUAUUCCUUCCCCUCCCUCUCUUCCUUUCCCUCCCUCUCUUCCUUCCCCUCCCUCUCUUCCUUCCCCUCCCUCUCUUUCUUCCCCUCCCUCUCUUCCUUUCCCUCCCUCUCUUCCUUCCCCUCCAUCUAUUCCUUCCUCUUCCUCUAUUCCUUCCCAUCCCUCUUUUCCUUUCUCUCAUUCUCUUCCUUCCCCUCCCUCUCUUCCUCCCCCCUCUUCUCUUCCUUCGCCUCCUUCUCUUCCUUCCUUCAUUCCUUCAAAUACAGCACAGGCCGAAACCUCACCACAGACCAAGACUCCACCACAGGUCACGACCCCGUCACAGGCCAAGACCGCAACAUUGACCAACG